AUCCUGCUAGACGCAAUUUUUGCUAACUCUGAGGGUACGGUUAAAGCUUAUUUCUACAAAUGUCGUCAAUUUUUGUCCUGGUUAGAGUCACAAGGUAUUCCUCUGAUGCUCCCCAUAUCUAAAGAAGUGUUAGUAAUUUAUCUGUCGCACACAAAAUCACACUCAGACUCUGAUAGUGUUUUAAUUUCUACCGCUGCCUUAUUAAGAUGGUUGCAUUCAUUGGUUAAUAUAAAAAGUAACCCACUUGAUUCACCCAUCAUUCAACAUGUCAUCGUUAGCGGUAGGCGUGAACUACAUCAUCCGCCUGUACAAAAACAGCCAAUUUCACUUAGUCAGGUUAAAGCAAUUAUCGACCUUUUCGCAGGUCCUGAGGCCUCGCUUUUAGAGCUUAGAUCAGCCUGCUACGUCUCUCUCAAAUACGCUCUCCUUUUUCGACAUAACGAGAUGGCCGGUGUGAAAGCUAACCACUUAUCUGAACCGGCUAACAAAAAGGGUAUUUCAAUUUUUAUACCAAAAUCCAAAACCGACGUUUUCAGGGACGGUAGUACUGCCUUUCUUUGCGACAGAUUGGACAACUACUCACCUGUUGCGAUUUUACGUCGAUUUUUAGAAGCUGCUGGUAUUAAUUUGGGUCAAGACAAAUAUUUGUACAAAAUUGGUGCUGAUAGACCCUUGAGUUACACUAGGUGUAGAGAGUUGUUUUUUGAAGCCCUUAGGCGCAUAGGUGUAAGCGAUCCAAAUGUAUAUGGUACGUCUUCACAGUCUAAGAUCAGGCGGGGUUUCCCACCUAGCUAA